UGCAUUUGUGGCGGAUGCGUCGAGGACUGUUCUUCUUUGCUUGCAUACAUGAUCGUCUCUUUUUUCUUUCAAAGUCUAUACGGUGAUAUCUAGCAAAACUCAAUCAGUCCUGCCUUCCGUCUUGUCCUGACUCGUGUGCCGCUCUGUCCUUGCUGCGCUGUUCUGCUUUGCUAUUCAUUCUGUUAUCUUUCCUAGCACCCAUCCUUCUGCUGCUUGAAGCUACUGCACUCGAUAUUAUCUCCUUCUAAUCCAACCUCGCUCUCUCUGUGCCACAUCUCGCUUCUAGCACCGAUUACUCUUCCAUUCCGGCCCUGCAAUUAUGCCUGCAUUCGAUCCUGUUCGCGAUGCCGUACUCAACUCACCUGUCACCCCCAAUCCGCCCCUACCUUCAAGAAUCCGUCUUGAGCUUCCAGUCGCCAAUCCUAUAACUAAUCCCUCUCCGACCUCUUCAGAUUCUGCGCGGUCCACGGCUAGCCCGCUUACUCGGCGUGCCACCGAUCUGUCCAUGCUUUUAAACUCGGAUCCACCUCAAGACACCCCUUUGUUCACCCCCACCACUCCUCGCGGUCCUACAAACUUCUCACAUAUUCUCCACCCCGACUCUUCACCAGACGAAAAGCUCGGUAGCUCUCAACCGUUACGAAGGAAACCUUUCUCCUCAUCCGACACCUCUUACUUCCCCGAACCUCCUGCUGAGCAAUCUCGUCCAUCUACGGCUACCUCGACUACACCCAGCACGUCUUCCCCUCCUAUAACCAAACGUGUUCCCCUACCUUUACCUCCAAAACCAGUGGCGAUGCCCCCUCCACCUGUCCCACCUAGAUCGACAAUCCCAUAUGCACCACGUAAACGCAUUACUCCCGCGACAUCAGUGCUCGUCCCUCUGACAUCAUCGGAGAUGGACUGGUACCGUAACUAUCCUGGAGGUAUUGGCACCCAGAUUCUGAGGAGUAGCACCAAGAGGAAACGAUUAGAGGAAGCAGAUGAGGAAGGUCUCCCUCCACAUAAACGUUCCCGAGAUGUCGGUCUCGUAGUUUCACAUUACAAUCUCCGUCCAGAAGUAGGCGUCGAUAAACGGAACGAAUCACCUAUCAUUGGUCUCAAGAGCUUCAAUAACUGGGUCAAGUCCGUUCUGAUCACGCAACAUGCGCAUCCAGUGCUCGCUCGGAGUCCUAACGCCGGGACAUACCCCAUAUCAGGUCCUCCAGAUAUGAGAGGUCGGGUUGGGGGUAACCGUGCAGCAGGGAAGGUCCUGGAUAUGGGGUGUGGUAAGGGUGGGGAUUUGAGCAAGUGGGUGAAGGCGAAGAUCAGGGAGUAUGUUGGCAUUGAUAUCGCCGAGGUCUCGAUAGACCAAGCGCGAGAGAGGUACAGCAGCCUCCGCGCCCCGAAGUUUUCUGCUUCCUUCGCCGCGGCAGACUGUUAUGCCCAUUCGUUCAGCGACACGCUCCCACCAUCCAUGUUCCAAGCUGUCUUCCCGCCAGCAGGGCAACCUUUCGACGUAGUGUCUAUGCAGUUUUGUAUGCAUUAUGCAUUUGAAAGUGAAGAAAAAGCACGGACGAUGUUGGAGAACGUGAGUAAAUGGAUGAGAGACGGUGGAGUAUUUCUAGGGACGAUCCCGAAUAGUGCACAGUUAUUGGAACAGCUUGACGCAUUACCUGAAGACGCGGAGGAUCUUUCUUUUGGGAAUAGUGUCUAUAAAAUCCGGUUUGACGAUCGCAAAGAACGCCCACUGUUCGGUCAUCGUUACUGGUUUUAUCUCAAAGAUGCCGUAGACGACGUACCGGAAUAUAUCGUUCAUUGGGAUCACUUGGUCCAGAUGGCAACAGAGUACGACCUCUACCCGACUUACAUGAAAGAAUUCCACGAGGUAUUUAGCGAGAACCAGGAACAUGCCGAAUUUGGACCUCUUCUUCAACGCAUGAAAGUCGUCGACGCCAACGGGGAGUCUCAGAUGGACGAGGAUCAAUGGGAAGCGGCCACGGUGACUGCCGGGUGGUCUUCCCCCCAUUCUUCGCUGUUACACUGCGGGCUUAAUAACUAACUCACUGUGCCUUUCUUUAGACAUCUACAUCGCGUUUGCUUUCGAGAAGCGGUCACGAUGAACAGGGCGUCCCUUAAGUCUUGUCGGACAGUUCGUCGAAUCCAGAACUACGCUAGCAGGAUUUGCCUUUCGUCGCACAUCACGCCAGGCACUCCCUCGCUAUACUUGCGGCGUGAGUCGCUUAGACAACGAGGCCUGAGGUUUGGCUCAAGAUCAAGUGGGAAGGGAGCGAGAUGGCCGCCGUAACGUCUCCGUAUGCGUUUUAUGUCGGUAUGCUUGCGAUACCUUAGUUUUCAUGCAUGAAUCAUGUCUACAUGCACCCGAUGUACCGUUGCUGUACAAAGAGCCUCACAGGCUCUGUGAAUGUCCAUUGUUGUACAUAUAAAACUUCGUAUAUACACAAUGGCCGAAAUGAGGAUCACACACAAUCCAAUCC